CUCUUUUAUUUUUUUUUUAGAUGGAGAAUAAAAAGAUUUUAAUUCUAUCGUUUGUUACUGCAUUAGCUGUAGCAAAUGUAUCUGGACCACAGUACAUAUAUCCAACAUAUGGUACUUCAUUGACAAAUAAAUUUCAUUGGAAUGGUAUUGAAAAUAGUAUGGUCAGUACCGCUACAUUUGUUGGUGUGUCCUUUUCUGGACCACUAUGUGCUUGGCUGGUAGAGAAUUUAGGAAUUAAAAAUACCUUGAGAGUAGCUUCCCUUUCUGCUUUAACUGGGCUGUUUUUAUUAGCCCAGACUUAUGCAGGAUACCUUUCAAGCCAUUAUGUUUUAUGUUCCAUUUAUUUGGCAUGCACCGGUGCUGCUGGUGCUGCUUCAUACAUAUGCGCCCUUGAUUCACAGGCACAUAAUUUCAAGUCUCAUAGAGGAAUGAGUAUGGGGCUCACAAGUGCAUCUCUAGGCAUCAGCGGGCUUGUAUUCUCUCAAAUUAAUGACCGAUACUUUAAAUCCAAGGCAGAUGACUCGAGCACUUUCCAUUUCUUACUCUUUGUCGGGGUUGUCGUUUCCAUCAUUGUCUUUCUUGGUUCGUUUGUAUUAGGUCCAAUUCAUUCAGAAGAAGCCGUUGAUUUGUCAGUUGAUCUUGUUCACAGAAAAGAUGAUCUUAUCUCCCAGAAUUUAAAUCACCAUAGCUAUACUCAAAGCAUCAGCAGCUUUAGUACUUCGUCCACCCAAUUCGAAGAAGAUGAAGAAGAUAGACCGCUUUUAUCGAAAAACGCAAUUGUCGUCUCUGCUGAUAAUCUUACUCAUAUGAAAAAGCAAAUGAAUAUACAAGAGGAAACUGCUAUCUCUGGUAUUGCCUUCUUUUCAGACCCAGUUGGAUUUGCAUUAGCACUUUCAUUAUUAGUCAUUCUGGGUCUUGGUUACGUCUAUCUAGCAAACAUUGGUCAAUUGCUCGUUUCUUUAUCCCCUUCAGACUUGUCUAUUGGUGAAGCUCAGCAUCUACGUAAUUUUCAUGUUUCUGUCUUUAGUAUUGCAAACUGUGGGUCUAGAGCGGUUUUCGGUACUCUCAGUGAUGUACUCAGAAGGGCCGGCGUGCACCGCUUGUGGUUCUUUUGGGCUGCAGCUGUCGGUCUUGUGAUCUCUAUGAGUGUCCUCAUCACUUUUGUGUCCACUGCAGACGAUUUAAUUUUAUGCACUAUCAUGACCGCCAUUGUUUACGGUAUUGCGUUUGGUGUUGCGCCUGCUACCAUCAGUGAGUUUGGUCAAAAGGCCUUUGCUCGUAACUGGGGAUUGUUACUAUGCGCUCCGGCUAUAGGCAGUCAAUUGUUCAAUGUAUUGUUUGGUACAUAUUAUGAACUUGAGUCCAAGAAACAAGGAGCCGUUUCAGGUGCUUGUUAUGGUCCAGCCUGUUAUGAAAUGACCUUUUUCAUUGGCAUUCUCGCUGCUUUCGGCUCUUUAUUCAUUUUAUCGCUGGCGAUCUAUAAAAAGGGUUUAUACAAGUUUACGAGUUCUGUGUGAAUUCUAUACCUGCUUCCCCUCAAACUGAUUUUGAUAAAAUAAAUAAAAAAUACUGCAUUUUUGCACGUGGAA